UCAGGUAUCAAAGGUUGAGUCAAGCUCGUAAAGGACUCCGUGUCUGUAUUUGUUGUUUGCAGCAGCCUCUUACAAUGAUUACCUCCUAUAAAAUAUACAGAUGACCAACGACCCACUAACACGCACCGUUUUAAUCGAACGGUCACGGGACACAGGGGAGGGACGGGAAUGUAAAGUUCACCGUUUGGGUUGACUGGUUUUGUACAGUGGGAGGAGUGUUUAUCACUGUCUUAUAAAGAGAGGUGAGUCUGUUGAUCAUAUUAAAGGAAGUGUGGGACCUACUGAGACGGUUCAAUAAGUUACUCAAGGUAAGAAACACUAUCUCUCUAUUGAAGACAAAAAAUCAGUGCAUCUAAACCCUACUAUAUCAUUUUUAACACCUAAAGAUGACUAUCUGACUAAUCCGUGGCAUUGAUUUGAGUAACGGUCUGUGAACUGGAUAAAACGAAACUGAAAGUCCGUCCGCCAAAAUGCGCUCACGACGUUGCGUUUUAAAGAUGGUCGUGUUACUACAUCACUUUGGUUCGUAACUAAAAAUCCUUCAUUCAAAUGUAAUCUCCUUUUUCCCCUGCAGAUGUUGAGGCUAACUCUGUGUUUCCUUGUGGUGGGUUUUGCGUCCUGCUCCGUAACAUGUCCUGAUGGAAACGUCUGUCCCAAUUUCAACACCUGCUGCAAAACUCCACGUGGAUACAGCUGCUGUCCUUAUCCCAAUGUAAGUCACAUGAUUUAGUAUAAUUCACCUGGUGGAAAAUAGGAAGCUCCUCCUGAUUCUGUGUGUUUUCUCUUCAGGCUGUGUGCUGCUCUGACAUGGCCCACUGCUGCCCUUCAGGAUACCGCUGUAACCUGGUGACCCAGAUGUGUGAGAAAUUGGACCAGCCCUGGUUGAACAUCCCUAUGGUAAAGAGGGAGGCUGUGGAGACACCAAGUGCUCCUCUUCAGCCUUUAUCUCCCCUUCAGGAACUUGAAAUCCCAGAGCAACAAAAGAGUUCAGUGGUCCACUGUGACAACUAUUAUACAUGUCCUGAUGCCACCACCUGCUGCAGGCACCCUAAAGGAGCCUGGUUCUGCUGCCCGUACUCUCCUGUGAGUUGACUCGUAAACUUGUGUAAUAAAACACAUGACUGUGAUGAAUUUCCUUGAGUUCAUCAGACUCAAGCUUGAUUUCAAAACACUCUCUUCCUUUAUUUCGCUGCUGUCCCAUAACUUUCAGAAUGAAUGAUCCUGUUUGGCACUUUGAUUUGCAGGGCAGGUGUUGUCUGGAUGGCUACCACUGUUGUCCAUAUGGCUAUGACUGUGACUACACCUACACACACUGUGUGAGAACAGGUCUGAGAUACCCUUUCACCCCAAAACAAGCCUCGAUCCCAGCUAUUCUCACUUCAACCAAGGAGGAUGAAAGCAGCUUGAAAGAGGUAUGAAUGCGGCUGAAAAUGUGUCUUUUUGUAUAUAGUUUAAACGUCUAAAUGGUCCAUGAAGUCCCUUAUGAAAUCAUGGAUUUCCAACAAAGGAAGAAAGUGAGUCAUCUGCAUUUGUUUCCUGUUUCUUGAUUUUUUCACUGAUUUGAAGUAGGUGAGGCUUAGCAAGCAAAGGUCCCUGCAUACACCAAUGAAGAUCCAGCACUCUCAAUCGCACAGGAACCACAAUUGGAUAUUUGUUUGAUAAUGUAUGAAUAAUUUUAAUUUGUGUAAGGACAUCCCUUUGAAUACAGAAGUAUCCCCAACUCAUUGUUUUGCUCUUACAGCCAGCAUUUAUUUUUAGUCUCCCUGCUUUUAUUCAUCAGGGAUGUGGUUCUUCCCAGGUUUUUCGAUCCAAAGUGGUGAACCAUGUGAGUCUUGAAAACCACAGAAAAACACAUUUAAAAUCCUUUAAUGAGCUUUUAAGAGAAGAGCUCUGAGUGUGUAUCUUCUGUUUUGUCCUAGCCUUUCCAAGAUGAUAUGCUCUGAUAAUUUACCAACAUGUAAAAUCCCUCCAAACUCUCUCUUCACUUUGUCCAUGAAGGGUUGUAUCACUGGGCGUUCCCAGAAGUCCCACUUAUACCACAUCCUCUCCAACAGAGGGGGCUAUAAUUUUUAUCAUAACUAGCUAUAACCAGGGGAGUUUUGAGAGAACACAUCCUUAACUUCCAACCAAAUUCUCUCCAGUUGGGGCUACUUAAACAUUUAUACCAAGACAUCCAAGACCCUUGCCGUUCAUCAUCUGAGAUGGCUGAAUUUGUCUACAAUUCCCAUUUAUUUUUUGCAUCCAAGGUAUAAAUGGUUGUACCCACAUGUAUUCUCUGGUAUAAACAGGAAACCGUACCUUUUGAGCCUCAUUGAUUUCCUACUACCCCUAUCCAAAAUAUUUCAAAAUAGAUGGCAGCAUCAUAGCACUAUCCCGAUUUUUUGUGUGAUAGCAAAAAAUGUCGGAUUUUCAAGUAUCUAAACAAACUCCAUCUUUUUCUGUAUUUAAUUCACAAAACUAGAAUUCAGUCACAUAAUAAACUAACCUUAUGAGCACUGACUAAUUUGUGGAGCCUGCAGCUAUAGAAAUGAUGCUGUGUUAAAAUGUUUCCAAACUUAACUGGGCAUGUCAGCUACAAUCAGUUCUCUUCCAGGUAUAUCACUAUCUCAUAUCUUAUUUGCAAACAGUCUCAGAAUAAAACAUUGGGACCACACAGGUAUUGAGAGUUCAAAAUUUGGUCCAGAAACACUUGAAGAGGGCUGCGGCUCUGUCCUGGGUCAUGCCAAUGUUAUGAAAUCUUCAAAAAUAAUUCCUAUACUGGAAUGGCUUAGAGAGCUCAUUAUAAUCAACUGUGUAUUUUUAAUGUGUAUACUUUCUACAACUUCAAGACCAGUUUGUCACGCCAUCUAGUGACCAAUUCACAUAUUAGCAUAUCAGACAUUAUAUCACUGAACAUACUGCUUCCUGCUUUUUAUCAGAUGCCAAUCACAUCCCUGAUUGAUCUCUUUCACAGAUGCAGCGCCAUCAUAGACAGAAAGCUUUGAUUUGUCAGCAGAAUUUCACAGUGAAGCAGUUUUGCCAGAUAUUUACCCCAGGAGUUGACGCUGAGUCAAAUAGAGCCAAACACAGAUGAAAUGCUUAUUUUGUUAUGAGUCAUUUGGGUUUCAGAGGAAUGAUAAUGAUCAGAAAUCAGAUAUAAGGGCUUUAAAAAUAUCUAAAAGUGUUAUGAGUCAUUUGGGUUUCAGAGGAACGAUAAUGAUCAGAAAUCAGAUCUCAGGGCUAUAAAAAUAUUUAAAAGUGGGGCAUUUUACUUUAAAACCUGUUAUAAAAGAAUUAUAACCAUGAUAAACUUUGAAAUGACUGCCUAGGAGUAAUGAUUAUUUUGUGGUUUGACUGUUUGCAGACACCGAUGACAGGCCUCACAGAAGCCAGAGUUGGCACCAGUGAUGCCAACGUUAUUCGGUGUGAUUCCAAGUUUUUCUGCGCUUCAUCGAUGUCCUGCUGCAAAGGACCCACAGGCCAGUGGAGCUGCUGUCCUUACAGCCUGGUAUGCAUCAAAUACUGAAUUAAACCAUUUAAAAAGAUUUGGCCUAUCAGUUCUAGUAAGUUUUUGUAACAUCAGACCUCCUCAUGCUUUAGGGCACGUGUUGUGCGGACGGUCGGCACUGCUGUCGGUACGGACAAACCUGUGAUGCCUCCUCCAUGUCUUGCAAAGCGGGCUUUUACCAGGUCCCUUCAAGGGAGCAGGAACCAGCCAAAUCAGUCUGAGGACAUGUUGUCGAAGUGUGAGCGCUGUCACAGAUUUUUGAAUAUUUUGCUAAAUAAAUAAUCAUUGCACAAGUAGAGGAAUUAUCAUCAACAUUAGAUUGGAAAAAAUUCCUGCAUUAUCAUGAGUCUUUGCUUUCUGAAAACAUUGAGGAAAUUCAGUCUUAUAAUAAUUUAAAAGAGACAAAUCAAGGCCACUUCAUUUCAGCUUUAAAUCAAAAUCUUUUGUUUGUUUUCUCAUAUGAAACAGAACUAGUUACAAGUAUUUGUAACAUUUUUCAAUAAAAGAAUGAAAAAAUAAAAUAAA